AUGUCGAACACGGAUGAAAGCCCGCACACGACUCUCUCAAUGGAUGUUUCCUCGCAGCCAGCGAUCAUUAAUACAGUAGCUGUUGCUCUGCCACAACAGCAGCCUCGUCCUCUAAGGCGUAAGAUUAGUCAUCAAUCAACACCAGUGUUUUCUUCGUUUUUGCGAACACCCUCAGGAAGCAAUGGUGGAUUUUUCAACAAUUUAAUCCAACGAACCAUUUCGAAUCGGCAAAGAGCCGAAAUUCAACUGCAAAGUUUACUUAAUGAACCUGAAGAAUCUCUACCGGCAUUUGCACGUCGUGCCAGUGACCAUUUACCAAAUGAGAAUCUACCAUUAGAAGAAGUGUCCAAAUUACUCAAUACUCAAACGUUUGUCAUCGAACGACUUGUUAAUGCUCUCUAUUCGUCUACCGAUGACGAUGAUAGUAUAAAGACUUUGAGCAAGUGCGAAGUACGAAAGCUAACACGAGCGCUGAAUAGUACGAUGGACGUUCGCGCGCUUCUCUUUUUCAUGAUGCUCGACGAAGAUGGUGAUCGUUAUAUAACAAGUAAUGAACUGGCAUUUUUCUAUGAGAAAUAUUUACAAGGUUUGAAAACAUUCGAUGCCAAUCGUUUGCAAGAGGUUAUCCAAGUGCUUCUAAAAAAGUUUCAUCUCGAUCAAAAAACUCGAAUUGAUUUCGAAGAAUUCUAUUCAAUUGUAUCCAAAGAUGCGACACUACUUGAAUCUUUAUCUCAAUUUACUGUUCAUCCAACAUGGUUUAUUAAAACACCCACUAAUCCAACGGUCAAAGAAACUUUGGCCAUCUAUGUUAUUAUUUAUCGAAUAACAGUGACCAGAUCACAUGCAUUUGUUGUUGUUGCACGUAUUGGUGGAAUGUUGCUGAAUUUCAAUUGUGCACUUGUCAUUACACUGAUGCUUAAACAAACAAUAUUGAUCAUUCGUACGAAUAGUUUUCUACGGAAGAUCAUUCCUGUUGAUGAUCAUAUUGACUUUCAUAAAAUCGUCGGACGAUUUAUUGCCGUUCUAUCAAUCGUACAUACAAUCGCACAUAUGGCUAACUUCGGAAGACUUACAGAUCAUUCCUGGGGAACUUACAUGUUUGCGACAAGACCUAAUCUAGGUUGGGUUGGAGGCCUUGCGCCAUUGACUGGUGUUAUCUUAUGUAUCAUCCUUGCUGUCAUUGUUAUUUGUUCCAUGCAAUGGAUUCGUCGUGGUGGUCAUUUUCAAAUUUUCUAUUGGACACAUUUACUAUACUUUCCGUUUUUCAUUCUUCUUAUUUUGCACGCAGGAAACUUUUGGAAAUGGAUCGUGGGCCCAUUAUCUCUUUUCCUAUUGGAAAAAACCUAUUCAAUUUUAACAAGAUAUUCUGUUCGAAGUGGCCGCACUUAUCUUCAUUCAGCAACUAUCGAACAGUCGAAUGUUAUUAGUUUGAAUAUACAUCGACCAAAAAAUUUCACUUUUCAACCAGGUGAUUAUAUAAGUAUCAAUUUACCACGUGUUGCACUCUACGAAUUCCAUCCAUUUACGAUCAGUAGUGCACCUGAAGAAAUGGGCAAUCUUCGCGUACAUAUCCAAGCUGUUGGUAAUUGGACGAAGCAGGUUUAUCAACGUUUCAAAGAAAUGUCUGAAGAUGACGCUCGAGAAAAUCACGUCAAAGUUUACCGUGCUGAUCUUCAUCCCGAACAAUCGGUUGCAGAUCUUCAAGCUAUCAAUAAAGAUCACUGUGGUGAUGAUGAUGGAAGUGAAGUAUAUGCAGGCAAAUGUCGAAUGAAAUUCAAAAAACGAGAACCUGUGGUGAUCAAUGGACCUUAUUCUUCAUGUGCUCGUUACAUAUUCGACUGUAAACAUGUUGUUUUGAUUGGCGGUGGUAUUGGUAUCACACCAUAUGCAUCGAUAUUAUCAAGUCUCAUGGCACAAUUUCGUGCGUCGCGUGUUGUUUGUAAAUACUGUAAUGGAAUCAAUUACAAUUCCAAAGGACUUGUCGAAAAUCAUCGUCUGAAAAAAGUCGAUUUUAUUUGGGUGAAUCGAGACCAAAAGAAUUUCGAAUGGUUCCUCAAUCUUCUUCGUCAAUUUGAACAAGAACAAGAAUAUUAUCUAGCGUCAAAUUCUAAUGAAAAGCGUUUUCUUGACAUUCAUUUAUAUUUCACAGAAAUCAAGCAUGAUGAGAAUAUUGGUAAUGUUCCAUUAGAUCUAGUGACUAAAAUCUGGGCUCAAGUAGCUGGACAAGAUAUAUUUACUAGUUUAAAAUCGAAAACACAUAUCGGUCGACCGAAAUGGGAAGAUUUGUUUAGUAAUUUAAUCUCAGGCGAAAAUGCCUCGACAGCAAAUGAUGUCGAUGUUUUCUUCUGUGGACCAUCAACUAUGGCCCAAACAAUUCGAAAUCACUGUGCUACAUUUCGAUUUCGAUUUUACGAAGAAAAAUUUUGA